AGAGGGAGAGCGGACUCUCCUCACCCUUGGCCGCAAUAGGGCUUUUGGUGGGGGGGAAUGAGAAGAUCAGAGUUUAUGAGAGAGUCUGAAAGGGGAAAAAGCAAAAGAAAGCUUGAGCAGUAGAAGCUACGAGUUAGUAGAUUAAGAUGAAUAAUCGGAUAUUCAAAUAAUCUCUGGAAAUUAAAGUAAAAAUAAGUAGUAAAUAAACAUGAAUACAAUUAUGAUUUAGAAACAAACCCUAAUGUAAAAAAUACUACUAAUUAAUAAUUCAAUUAGUGAGAAUCAUAGUUGUAUAUGUAUACUGUGCAUCCAUUAAUUGCUCAUUUCAUUUACUUCUAUUCAUGACAGCAAAUUCUAUCCUCUAUUUAUUGAAUAUUGAUAUAAUAAGGAUAUCGAAGACUAUCUCUUUUGUUAUUAAUAUAUAACUGUAAUACACACACAUUCGAGACACUGAUAAAUAUUAGUUAAUCAAUACUGUAUGAAUACAUAUCAACAUACAUUAGAUGAAUUCGGGUGAGAAAGGAACAAAGAAACACAAUGAAUAAAGUAAGAUCCUGUUCACCAAUCGCUUCGAUUAAAAUAGCUAUGAGGAAUCAAGCGGAAUGUCUUAUGUUGAAAUUGUGCACAGUUCUUGUUUGUCAUUACACUGUAUAGCAAUGUUGUCAAUUUUUCUCAAUCAUGUCAAUUUUCAUUUCUCAUACAUUAAAAUAAUGAACUGUUUCCUUACUAGUGAUCACACUACUACUACUACUACUACUACUACUACUACUACUACUACUGCUGCUACUACUACUACUACUACUACUACUACUACUACUACUAAUAAUAAUAAUAAUAAUAAUAAUAAUAAUAUUAAUAAUAAUAAUAUUAAUAAUAAUAAUAAUAAUAUGGAAUGUAUUGCUAAAUAAGGGUGAAGACACCAUACUCUAAAUACUUAUAUGAUCAUAAAAUCACAAAAAGUUAGUUUGACACAUUUAUAUAUCGUAUUCAGAAAUCCAGUAAUAAAUUCAAUAAUUAAUGAGUCAAGCAAUGAAAAUUUAGAAUGAAGGAAAGGAGAAAGAAAGAACAAAUCAAAUUGUAAUAAAUUUGAUUAUUAAUGCGUUUCGAGAGUUGACUUCUGUCUUCAAUAGAUUCAUACUAUUGAUUUAAAAAAUCGUAUUCAGUUGCGGAAAACCUGAACAGGAAAUAUUCAUCGAUAACUCUUAAUAAACAUAGAUUACCUGAUUGACUGAUCAUGGUAAAACAAACAUUGAAAACUAGGAAACACUGGAUUAUUUUAACUUUGUAUUGGGCUUUCCUGUAGAUUCUUCUUGACUCUAACGGAUAUUAAAUCCAGGACGUUCAUAUCUUACAUGGAUCAGUUAACAUUUAUACUACAUUCGAUGAUUUAUAUUUCUAGCUUCAAUUAAUUUUUAAACAGAUGAACUUAAAAGUAGUUAGUAGAAUACUUAUAUAUAUGAUCAGUGUGCAAUUUGUGAGGCUUCUAUGAGAAACGCCAAUGAAUUAUUUUUUUGAGGAAUAUUAGUUGAGUUCAUUUUAUCACAUAUAACCACCGGACUAAUGAUUAAGCGCUCACAACGUAACUUGAAGGAAAAAAAGCGAUAACUUGAGUAUGACCUAGCAACGUCAGGGAAAACGGUGUAAGAGAAGGAAAUAUUGAGUGAUUAUAUAGUAUAACCAAGAAGCUUGCACGUAAAUAAUGUAAACAGAGUGACGAUUCAGCAGCAAAGAAUGUAAAUCAAUUAGCGAGGAUCGAGAGCAGUGGAACAGGGCGUAGUAUACUUUAAAGGGGUCUUGAAUACACCAGCUUCGCUGAAUCCACCAAACAUCAAGGAGGAACAUAUAGGCUUCCCUAAACAUGAUUCCACACAAACAAUCGAGGAAACCAGAAAAUGUAUUAGACAAAUAGAGAAUGGCUAAGCAUCAGAACCACAUUGCAUACAACCUGAGGCAUUAAAGGCAGACACAGAGGUACGUGCAGAGAUGUCACACGUUUUCUUCAGAGAGAUUUGAGACUUAGAACAAGUACCAACAGACUAGAAAGGUGAAUACAUCAUUAAAACACCAAUAUACAUCAACCUCAUUGAUCAUGAGAAAGCAUUUGACAGUGUAGAUACGAGAACAUUAUGGGACUGUCUUCGACACUAUGGUGCACCUGAGAGAUAAUCAACGUCAUCCAGAAAUCACAAAACGGACUAAACUGUAAAGUGAUGAAUGUGGUACAGCUGACAGAUAUAUUCCAAGUGAGGACUGGUGUCAGACAAGGAUGUUCAAUAUUUCCCUUCCUCUCUCUUCUCGUCAACAACUGGAUUAUGAACACCUCUACAUCUGAGAGGAAGCAGGGAAUACGAUGGACAUAUUGGAUGCAACUAGACAAUUUGGACUUUGAAGAUGAACUGGCUCUUCUAUCCCAUGCACAGCAACAAAUAUGGGUGAAGACAACCAAUGCAUCAUCAAUCUCUCUAUCAGUAAGUCUCAAUAUACACAAGAGAAAAUCCAAGUUCCUCAAAUGCAACACGACCAACACCAAUCCAAUCACACAUGGUGGAGAAACUCUGGAAGAGGUGGA